UAGCAACUGUUUCGGCCCACGGCCUAUUCACUGUGGAGAAAAGUUUUCGGCCAUAGAUGUACGCGCACCAACGAUGAAAAACAGGCGAACGGCUGUUCCCAACGCUUGGGACCUUUUUGGAGUGGUACUUCUCAUAAUAGUAUCAUCCGAUGCCCAAGAGAUAUGGAACGAUCUGGAACGUUUAGAGACUAACACCGCCCAGGGUAGCACCUUAGAUAUAUUGACCAUCCCGGCCAGGGGCAAAUACAAUGGAAGUAGUUUCCAGUGUCUGGCAGUGACAAUAGGUGUCGGCUCAGGAGAAAGUGAGAUUGCCACACUCAAUAUUCAAGGUCCACUGUCAGCUGUUGCUGAUUUUACAGCUACUUAUAAUGCAAUGUCAGUCACCAUCUCCUGGGCUGCUCCAUUCUCUCUUGAUGUUACUGGUGUUGAUCCUGAUAUAUGGUACUCUGUUUUCAUCUAUAAUGUAACAAAUGAGAACAAUAUAGCAGCCACCCUCUGUACUGACUGUACCAAUAUCAGUGAGACACACUAUACCUUCACUCCUGACCACCUCAGUCCUUGUGAUGUGUACAACUUCUCUGUUAUCACAUACAAUGGAGCUGGCAAGGGACAAAACAGUCGAAAUUUCACUUUCAAAAACUCUCCUUUGAUCAACAUUACCAGAACAAACACCAGCAUUACCUACAAUAGUAUCUCUGUAACAUUCCAAGCACACGGGAAAACAGAGAGUAACUUUACUCUCCAUGGAAUUCCAAAAAGAGAUGAAGAUUAUUUUACGAUAAAUGACACAAACCUACAAAAGGGUGAAUUACUCACCUAUGCACUACCUGCUGACAACAACUAUUCCUUAUUCUUUGAGGUGUUUACUACUUUUGGAUCCAUGAACCUGUCACUUGACUUCACAACAUAUGAUGUCCAAAGUUUGUCAGUGGAGGAGGAAAGAGAUGGGGGAGGAGUACUAGUCAGAGGAGAGUUCAUGAGUGGGUCACAAGCUGCAGGCUGUCUGGUGGUACUCCAGGGAUCCCCCACCUCUCCCGACAUCCUUAGAGCUCUCCUGAGAACUCAGUCUCAGAAUACUGUCUCUUUAACUUUCCCUGUCCCUCCUUCUACAUACACUGUGUAUGGAUAUGAUCUGGAAGAAAAUGGACUCCCCAACACAAUGCCAGCUGUAAUAGUUGAAAGUGAAAUAUGUAUCAGCAAAGGUCUUGAAUCAGUCAAAACAUCUAACAUAUUGAAGAAUGCCAAUGUGUCUCAGAGCGGAUCAACCAUUGUGAUCAACUGUGAAUUCUCAGAGGCCUAUAUCAAGGCAUCAUGUGUCCUAAUAUGCAGAAAGUAUGACAGUCCCCUCCUGACAGUAAUAGAGUUCCCUAAGCUUAUCAACUUCCCUGUCUCUAUCACUGUUGAGAAUCCUAAGAACUAUACAUUUGCGUUGUAUGGGAAAGACAGCGCAAUUGGAAUGGUUGAAAGUCCAGCUAUUACUGUCAAGUUCAGUAAACAAUCACCUGAUAAGAUGGAAAAAGUAGAUGAUGGAAUUGACACCCAGGGGCAUUGUUACUUUGCACUCUAUGUUGCCUAUCUCUGCUGGUCCUGGUAAUGAUAGUGAGACACAGGCACAAAAGUGGGAAAAACAGAAACAAUGAAGGAACUACUUACUAUGUCCGUAAUGCGGAGUAUGAUGAAGUGGCUCUUCCUCCAUGCUCUUCAGCAAUCAUUCAAACUGAACCUAAUUCGGCCUAUGCCACUACCUCAGCAUGUUAACUCUUUGGGGUCGAAUAUAAUUUUU